UUUCCGUGACGACUGAAAGCGCGGGAAUUACAGAUAAAUUGUAUUUGCGACUGCGCCACACAGUGAUCCUGCUGAGACGUUGUUUGCUGAAGACGUUCCGAAGAUAUCUGGGAUCCUAGGAGCCUACAUGUUUUUCUCUGGGCGAAGGUGCAAGAGCCAAGAGACCUGGGUUGGAACAGAAAGAAAUGGAUUCGUCUUUAGCUCAAAUUGAAGAAGUACAGCAUGUCCUUAAUGCUAUGCAGAAAAUCUUAGAGUGUCCAAUAUGUCUGGAAUUAAUCAAAGAACCUGUUUCCACAAAGUGUGACCACAUAUUUUGCAGAUUUUGUAUGCUGAAACUUCUCAACCAGAAGAAAGGGCCUUCACAGUGUCCUUUGUGUAAGAAUGAUAUUACCAAAAGGAGUCUACAAGAAAGUACAAGAUUUAGUCAACUUGUUGAAGAGCUAUUGCGAAUCAUUCAUGCUUUUGAACUUGACACAGGAUUGCAGUUUGCAAAUGUGAAUUAUAACUUUUCAAAGAAGAAUAAGUCUCCUGAACAUUUAGAGGAAGAGAUUUCUGUCAUCCAAAGUUUGGGCUACCGAGACCGUGCCAAAAAGUUUCGACAGAAUGAAUCUCAAAAUUCUACAUUGCAGGACGUCAGUCUUAGUGUCCAACUCUCUAAACUUGGGAUUGUGAGCUCUCUGAAGACAAAGAAGCAGAUACAGCCUCAAAAUAAAUCUGUCUACAUUGAAUUGGGAUCUGAUUCAUCUGAAGAAACAAGUUAUAUAUCAAAUUAUUGCAGUGUAAGAGAUGAAGAAUUGUUACAAAUCAUUCCUCAAGGAACUAGUGCUGAAGCCAGUUUGGAUUCUUCAAAAAGAGCUUCCUGUGAGGAGGACAUAACAAAUAUUGGACAUCAAUCCACUAGUAAUGAUUCAAACACUAUUGGGAAACAGGCCACUGAGAGGCAUCCAGAAAAGAAUCAGAGCAUUUCUGUUUCAAACUUGCAUGAGGAGCCAUGUGGCACAAAUACUCAUGCCAGCUCAUUACAGCAUGAGAACAGUAGUUUAUUACUCACUAAAGACAGAAUGGAUGUAGAAAAGGCUGCAUUCUGUAAUAAAAGCAAACAGCCUGCCUUAGCAAGGAGCCAACAGAGCAGAUGGAUUGAACGUAAGGAAACGUGUCAUGAUAGGCAGAUUCCCAGUGCAGAGACAAAGGUAGAUCUGAAUGCUGAUCCCGGCUGUGGGUGUAAAGAAUGUUCUGAGAAUCCAAGAAGUACCCAAGAUGUUCCCUGGAUAACUCUAAAUAGCAGCAUUCAGAAAGUUAAUGACUGGCUUACCAGAAGUGAUGAUAUGCUAACUUCUGAUGACAGUGGGAAGUCUGAAACAAAUGCUGAAGUAGAUGGUACCUUAGAAGUUCCACAUGAAGUAGAUGGAUAUUCUGGUCCUUCAAAGAAAAUAAACUUACUGGCCACUGAUCCUCGUACUUCUUUAGAGAGUAAAAGCCUCAAAAUAGUUUCAAGUAAUAUGGAAGAUAAAAUAUUUGGUAAAACCUAUCGGAGGAGGACAAGCCUCCCUAAUUUGAACCAUGUACCUGAAAAUCUAAUAAGAAUAGCACUUCCUACAGAACCAAAGAUACAGGAGCAACCUCUCACAAAUAAAUUAAAGCGUAAAAGGAGAGCUACAUCAUGCCUGCAACCUGAGGAUUUUAUUAAGACAGCAGAUAUGACACUUGUUCAAAAGACUCCUGAAAAGGUAAAUCAGGAAACUCACCAAAUGGAGCAAAAUGGUCAGGAGAUGAGUCUGACUAAAAGUGGUCAUGAGAAUGAAAUAAAAAGUGACUAUGUUCAGAAAGAGAAAAAUGUGAAUCCAGAAGAAUCGUUGGGAGAAGAGUCUAAAGCUGAAUCAAUAAGGAGCAGUAUAAACACUAUGGAAGUAGGAUUAAAUACCUGCAGUCCAAAACUACCUAAGAAAAAUAGGCUGAGGAGAAAGCCCCCUAUCAGACAUCUUCAUGCACCUGAUGUAGUAUUCAGAGCUCUAAGCCCACCUACUCCUAGUGAACUACAAAUUAACAGUUGUACAAGCAAUGAGGAGACAAAAAAAAGUUCCAGUCAAACAUCAGAUAGGUGUGGCAGAACACUUCAAUUCCUAGAAGACACACAGUCUACAACUGGAGCCAAAAAGAGUAACAAGCUAGAUGAACAAAUAAGUAAGAUAUGUGAUAGUGAUGUUUCCUCAGAACCAAAGUUAACAAACACACCUGCUGGUUUUACUAACUGCUCAAGUUCUAAUAAACUUGAAGAAUCUGUCGGACCUAGCCUUGAGAGAGAAGAAAUAGAAGAGAACCUAGAAACAAUAGAAGUGCCAAAUCUUACCAAAGAUCCCAGAGAUCGGUUGGUAAAUGGAGAAAGGGCAAUGCCAACUGAAUUAUCUGCAGACAGUACCAGUCUUUCAUGGACACCUGAUUCUGAAUAUGACACCCAGGACAGUAUCUCAUUACUAGAAAUUAACCCCCUUAGAAGGGGGAAAACAGCAUCAAAUCAAUGUGAGAUUCAGUAUGAAGCAGUUGGAAACCCCAACCACAUUAUCCAUGAUUGUUCUAAAACUACUAGACACGACACAGAAGGCUUUAUGGAUCCAUUGAGACAGGAAGGUAGCCACAUGCUGGAGAGUGAUAUAGAAACAGAAGAGAGUGAACUUGAUACCCAGUAUCUGCAGAACACAUUCCAAGAUUCAAAGCGUCAGUCAUUUGCUCUGUUUUCAAAUUCAGGAAAUCCAGAAAAGGAAUGUGCCACAGUCUCUGCCCACUCUAUAUCCUUAAGUAAGCAAAGUCCAAAUGUCAUUCUUGAAUAUAAACAAAGAGAAAACCAUCAGGACAAAGAGUCUAAAACCAGGCUUGCACAGGCAAUCAAGGCCACUACGGAUUUCCCUGUGAUUUGUCAGAAGCAUGAGCCAGGGGAUAAUGCUGAAUGUAGUAGUAGCAUUGCAAAAACCUCUGGGCUUUGCCCAUCAUCUCAGUUAACCGCCAAUGAACUAACUUCUGCCAAUAAACUUAGAAUUUUACAGAAUUCAUAUCUUAUACCAUCAAUUUCUCCAGUCAGGCCAUCUGUUAAAACUAAAUGUAAGCAAAUGUUUGAGAAACAGUCAAUGUCAUCUGAAGAAGGAUUGGAAAGUGAGAGCAUUAUUCAAAGUACACUGUGCAUGUUUAGCCCAAAUAACAUAGAAAAUGCUUUUAAAGGAGCCAGCCCAGGCAGUAUUAAUGAAGUAGGCUCCAGUACUACUGGAGGAGGCUCCAGUAUUAACGAAGUAGCUUCUAGUGUUGAAAACAUUCAAGAAGAACUAAACAGAAGCCGAGGGCCUGAACUAAAUGCUGUGCUACGAUUAGGUCAUACGCAACCUGAAGCCUAUAACCAAACUCUCCCUGUAAGUAAUUGUAAGCAUCCUGAAAUAAAAGAGCAAACAGAAAAUGAAGGAGUAGUUCAGGUUGUUGGUGCAGAUUUUUCUCCAUGUCUAAUUUCAGAUACCCUAGAAACAGGUAUGACAAGUAAUGAUGUCUCUCAGAUUUGUCCUGAGACACCUGAGGAUCUGUUAUAUAAUGAUGAAAUAAAGGAAAAUACCAGCUUUACUGAAGGUGCCAUUGAGGAAACAUCUGCUGUUUUUAGCAAAAGUAUUCAGAAAAGAGAGUUCAGCCAGAGCCCUAGCCCUUCUUUAACCCCUACAUCUUUGGCUCAAGGUCUUGAAAUAGAUGAUGAUCUUCCCAGCUUCCGACACUUCUUAUUUAGUAAAGUAACCAAUACACCAUUUCAGUCUAUCAGACAUACAAUAAAGUGUCUGUCUCAGGAAACAGAGGAGAACCCAGUAUCACUGAGGAAUAGCUUACAAGUCAACAAUAAUGAGAUCUUAGUGGAAGCAUCCCAGGAAACACAGUGCUCUAACAAUACAGGGCCUUCACAUCAUGGUGCAUUGGUAGACCUGACUACAAACUCCAACUCCCAAGAUUCCUUCUUGAUGUUUUCUUCUCCCAAACAAAUGAACCAGGAAGUUAUUGUUCUGAGUGACAGAGGAUUGGUUUCAGAUGAUGAAGAAAGGGAACCUGACCUGGAAGAAGAGGAAAGAACGGAUUCAAACUUAGGUGAAGCAGCAUCUGGCUAUGACAGUGAAACAAACCUUUCUGAAAAUAUCUCAGAAGUGUCCUCACAGAACGAUUUUUUAACCUCUCAGCAGAAGCAUAUUAUGAAAGAUAACCUGAAAAAGAUCCAGCAGGAAAUGGCCCAUCUAGAAGCUGUGCUACAGCAGCACAAGAGCCAGCAACUUCCCGCCAGCUCCACUUCCCUCCUAGCUAACUAUUGUGGACCAGAACAAAACGUAUCAGGAAAAGCAGUUUUAACUCCAGAGAAAAAUAAUGGACAUCCUCUAAGCCAAACUCGAAAAGCCUUUUCUGCUGAUGAGUUCCAAGUAUCUCCAGAUAGUUCCACCAGUAAAAAUAAAGAACUAGGAGUGGAAAGGACUUCCCCAUCAAAGACCCAGUUGGUAGAUAGUAGUGGGUCUGUGCACUACCUAUCUACCAGGCUUCAGAAUAGAAACUUCCCAUCUCAAAGGGAGCUUGUGGUGAUUGAUCUGGAGGAGGAACAGCUGGAGAAGUCUCAGCCACCUGACUUAAUGGAGCAGUCUUAUUUGCCAAAGCAGGACCUAGAGAGAACCCCUGAUCUGCAGUCUGGAAACUGCCUCUUCUACAAUGAGCCUAAAUCUGAACCCCCUAAAGACAGCACUCUAGAGCCAGCUCAUGUCUGCGGUUUAUCAUCCCAAUUUCAAGUUGCCCAGUCUGCCAGCAGUCCAGCCGCUGCUCAUGGGGACAAAGCAAGGGAAGAGAGAGAGAAGAGAGACAAACCAGAAUUGAAGACUUCAACAGCAAAGGUCAACAAAAGAAUGUCUAUGGUGGUAUCAGGCUUGAUCCAAAAAGAAUUUGUACUUGCACAGAAGUUUGCCAGAAAACACCACAUCACUUUAACUAAUGCAGUUACUGAAGAGACUACACAUGUCGUUAUGAAAACAGAUGCUGAGUUGGUUUGUGAACGGACACUGAAAUAUUUUCUGGGAAUUGCAGGAAGAAAAUGGGUAGUUAGCUAUUUCUGGGUGACUCAGUCUAUUAAAGAAGGAAAAGUUCUGGAUGAGGUAGAUCAACUGGAGUGGGUACUGCAGCUGUGUGGGGCCUCAGUAGUAAAGGAGCUUGCAUCAACCACCGUGGGCACACACUCUCCCCUAAUUGUGGUCAUACAGCCAGAUGCCUGGACAGAAGACAGUAGCUUCCAGGCCAUCAGUCAGUUGUGUGAAGCAUCCGUGGUGACCCGGGAGUGGGUAUUGGACAGUGUGGCCCUCUACAAGCGCCAGGAUUUGGGCACCUACCUGAUAACACAAAUCCCCUACAAUGAAGAUGGCAGCCAGCCACAGAUCAAAACCACAGGGCCCCAAGGAUGAACUUAAGAAAUGGCCUUUUCCAACCCGGAGACUGCCUCUUACUACUGAAUCCUUCCAUAGUCCUGCUUACUAAAUGUUUUAUGUACAUAGGCCUGGCCGGGGGACAGAAGGGCACUUCUGUUUAUGUGAGGGCCCCUUCAAGAUUUUCAGUUUCAAGUUUUCCUUUGAAAAUUGCCAUGAGCACAGAAUUGUGGCAAUCUUUCACCUAACAAUGUAAAAUCAUUUAAACCCUACCAAUUGAACAAGGUGCUGACUCAUUAUUUAUUCCUGGUACUAGAGCUAGAGGCACAGGUGGCUCAGUCUCAGAAUACCUAAACUGGUUUCUCUAAAAUCCUGUGUACAGACCUUUCCAUGGGACCUGUGAUUUGACUUAACAUCAGAACAGUCUUCAAGGCCCUAAGUUCUAUGCCCAGCACCACACUCAGAAAAAUAAGAAUGGUCCUUAGACAGCUGUCAAAUGUUUGGUGCAGACUUGGGGAGGAGGUUUGGGGGCAGAUGAUGAAUAUGAAUAAGGAACUUGAGGAUUAGCUAAAGAUCUCCAAACAUCUGCACUUAGUCACUGGACUAAUUUCUGAUUUGCAGAAUAUUUUCAAAAAAAAUGUGUCCAAAGAGUCUGCUAAUUCCCCAUUAGUGACUAAUUUUUAUUGUUGUGGUUCUGGUAUAGGAUCUCUAAUAUGAACAUUUCAUGUUUGUAAAAUGACAGAUGCCACCAGGAAAGGUGCUAUUGCUUUCUUUGAAGUAAUUUUUCCCCUUUUGCUGCCUA